GGGCAGACCACCCCAGCGUCCUCCGCAGCUCAGCAUGUGGGCCAUCCUGCUGCUCGCCUGCCUGGCGUCGCCGGCGCCGGCCGCCGCCGCCGAGCCGCUCGAGAUCGGCCUCCAGUGCGCCGAUGUCGUCUGCGCCGGAAACGCCACCUGCAUCAUCAAAGUCAGCAACGGCGAGCCCGUCUGCCUCGGUCGGACGAAGAAAGGCACAUGUCCGUUCACCCAGCUGGCCAGCUGCAACGAGAUCCAGAUGAUGUGUAUGGAGGAUGACGACUGUCCGGGCCGCAAGAUCUGCUGCCAGAGCGACUGCCAACCGCGCGAAGACUUGCCGAAGCCGGGCCACUGCCCGUCCCGCUUCGCGUUCGGGCCGUGUGUGCACGAGUGCAGCGAGGACGGCGAGUGCCCAGGCAGUACCAAGUGCUGCAGCACCGGCUGCGGCCGCAUCUGCUCCUCACCCUACCUGGCCAAGGCCGGCUCAUGCAGUGUUCCCUCGGGCGGCGGCGGCAGCUGCGCCAUCGAGUGCAGCAUUGACGAUGAGUGCAGCGGCGACCUCAAGUGCUGCUCCUCUGGCUGCGGCCGCUCCUGCCAGCCGCCCGCCGGCAACCACAUCUGCCCCAGCGGCACCAGCUUCUUCAACAAGUGCAACCUGUGCACGUGUGGCAGCCCACGCGAGCCCGUCGACUGCGAGAAGAAGGCCUGCGCGCGAGAGAAGCCCGGCUACUGCCCAGCUCUGUAUCUGCACGCCGCUAUCAAGAGCGAGGGAUGCGGCACCAGGUGCUAUGAUGACGAGGAGUGUUCCGGAGAAUCCAAGUGCUGCGACAUCGCAGGCUGUGGCCAGAUCUGCACGCCCACAGCGAAAGAGAGGCCGGGAAUCUGCCCGGUGGCGGAGGGCAACGACCCGUGCGGCGAGUGGUGCGAGCAGGACGCCGACUGCCCCGGCUCCGGCAAGUGCUGCCGCACCGGCUGCGGCAAGAUCUGCAAGCCAGCUGACGACCCGGGCUUCUGCCCUGCCCAGCUAGAGACGCCCCAUUGCUUCUUCCGCGACGACCAGUGCAUCGGCAACAAGGACUGCCCCGGCAAUGAGAAGUGCUGCGACUCGCCCUGCGGCAGGAAGUGCUCCACACCAGUCGGCGAGAAGCCCAACUUGUGUCCGAACGAGGAGAACCUGACGCUGAGGCCGGGCAUGUUCUGCCAAACCGACCACCAGUGCCCGCACGAGCUCAAGUGCUGCAAGAACAGCGACGGCGACAUGGGAUGCGUGCAGCCCACCGAAUACAGGACCUCCUGUCGCAACAUCAAGUGCUCCAAGAGCGGCUAUUACUGCAUCGACUCGGCCAAAGGACCGGAAUGCGUUAACAGGCCGAAGACGACGUGCGCGGAGACUGUGUGUGACGAGGACGCCAGCUGUCUACAGAAGCACGACGUGGCCGUAUGCGUUUCUCACACCAAGGUGGGGCACUGUCCUUUGAUCGCCACCGCCCUGCGGCCGUGCAAGAAGGCCCGCGUCCUCUGCGAAGUGGACGAAGACUGCGAAGGGGACGACAUCUGCUGCACGGCCGGCUGCGUGCGGCGCUGCGUCAAGCCACUGAGGACGGACUGCGCCUCGGUGGGCGCCUCCCUGUGCCGCACCGCAGGCUACGUCUGCCAGGACACCCCCAACGGAGCGGUUUGCGUCGAAGACCUGUACACCUGCGACCAUAAGCGCUGCCCCAGCGGCUACGUGUGUCACGAGAGCUUCACCGGCGCCCGCUGCGUCAAAGAACGCGAGACCUGCGCGACCAAGAUCUGCGCUCCAGAUGAGGACUGCUAUGAGGAGGAGGACGGGGCCAUCUGUGUCCAGGCGUACGUGGCCGAAGGAUCAAUCAACCAAGAGGUCAAGGCCGGCAAAUGUCCGCCGCUGAGGCCGGGCGCCUACCGCGGCGACUGUCAGGACGAGUGCAAGUACGACUCCGAGUGCCCCAAGCAGCAGCGCUGCUGUAACAACGGCUGCGCCAAUGUCUGUCUCGACCCCGUCUUCAGGAAGACCUGCGACGACUUCGACUUCCAGUGCCAAGAGGGACACGCCUGCAUAGACGACCCUGCCAAGAUCAAGGACGCCUACUGUGUCAACACGACCAACAAGGUGGGCCGCUGCCCGGCCGAGGAUCUGUGGGACCCGAAGACGAGGAGCUGCGAGGACGAGUGCCGCUUCGACUUCCAGUGCCAGGGAGACGAGCGCUGCUGCUUCAACGGCUGCGCCAACGUGUGCGUGCCGCCCGACCUGCGCAGGCGCUGCGAGGACCAUAACUGCGUGGAAGGCUACGCCUGCGUCGACGACGGCGUCAAUGACGCCAAGUGCGUCAGCAAAGAGCCGCGGGACGGUCGCUGCCCCAAGUGGACGCCGGACCAGUACAAGAAGUGCGGGGAGGACGAGUGCCAGUACGACUCGGAGUGCCCGGACAACUUCAAGUGCUGCAACAACGGCUGCGCGAACGUGUGUGUGGCGCCCGACCUCCGCAAGCUGUGUGAGGACAUCAGCUGCGAGCCGGGCUUCGCGUGCAUCGAGAACCCGAUCGGUGACGCGGAGUGCUUCGACACAGCCGAAAAGGACGGCCUCUGCCCGAAGAUCUCCAACGACACGCAGCCGCGCGGCGGGUGCAGGGACACGUGCAAGUACGACUCCCAGUGCGCCGACAACUCCAAGUGCUGCUUCAACGGCUGCGCCAACGUCUGCCUGCGGCCCCGCAAGCCGGACUGCGAGCAGAUCAAGUGCAAGGUCGGCUUCCGCUGCGACGAGGACCGCUCCGGCAACCCCAUCUGCUCUCCCAUCCCUUGCAAGCAGGAUGGUGAAAUUAUUGAUAUUGAGUGUAACAGCUGCACCUGCAUCAACGGCUUCUUGCUCUGCUCCCAGGAAGAGUGCCCACCGGUGAAACCGGGCUUCUGUCCGAAAUUGACCAAGGGCUACAAGGGCAAAUGCGUGGAGGACUGCGACAGCGACUACAACUGUGAAAAGGAGGACAAGUGCUGCUUCACAGGCUGCGGGCACACGUGUCAGAAGCCGGUGCCUGAGAUCGUCCAUCCGUGCAAGACGGUGCGCUUCCGGUGCGGAGACCUGACGCGCUGCGCAGCCACGCGCGGUCUCUGCCAGCCGGGCAAGACGUGCCCUCUGUCGCCGCUCUGCGUGAGCACGAACGACCCCUUCUGCGAGAGCUGCCCGCCGGGCAAGGUGUGCGUGCUGCAGAAAAGGUCAUGUCCCAGUGGCAACUGUAAAGCACAGCCCAUCUGCAUCCAGCUGUACAGUGACGACACCAUCUUCGAGGAGGACGAGGAGCUGGAGGAGGUGGUGGUCGCCAAGCAGAACCCCGUCAGGAGCGGCUGAAGCAGGCGGCGGACGCGCAGUGCAAUCUCCGCAGGGCUCAGCGAGAGACCCGCGGCCGGCGGGGGCGACGUGGGACUGCAGCGCCGGUCCCCGGACCCACGGGACCCGCGGCGGGCCGACCAGCGGCCGCCACCAGGUGUCGCCCCGCACCGGCGUUGGGCAUUGUCAUCGGAAUUUCAUCUCGGAAACCUGCCGGGGGACGUCUGCUGACGAGGCAUGAUGAGUCGGGUGCGGCGGCUCUCCGGGCCCAUGGGAGCUGAAAUUGAGUUGUUCGUGAUAUGUUGUACCAUUUUCAUAUUAUAUAUUGUGUGUGACUUGUGUAUGUCAGCAGCGUUCCCGCGCAGACAGCGAACGUGCGUGUCACCUGACCAAUAGCUCGAAUCAUCUGUCUUUUGGUAGCCCAUAGUCGCUUCGGUCUACUUUCCAGACGCGUUUGCACAUUGUGCUUCCUGUAUGAGUAACGCUACACUUUCAACGGAUAACUUAAACUGCAGCUAAUUUAAACGACGCUUUUGGAAUACACGGUGUCCUCAAGGUGAUCGUCUCUUUGUUGCCAAC